CAUAACUUCCACUUGACGAACAUGUUGCCACCUGUGAGGAGAGACCGCAUCAUCGCUCAGCUUCCAGAGUGUUUUACCCCAGCCGCAGCGCUACACACUAAAGAUGUCUUCCACUCGCAGGUCAAGGCUGCCUGUCAGGGGCAAAAGACGGGCGCAGUGGGCUUUAACAUCGCCAAGGUGAUUGUGGUAGGGGAUGUGGCAGUUGGGAAGACAUGUCUGCUCAGCAGGUUCUGUAAGGACUCUUUUGAUAAGAACUAUAAGGCCACCAUCGGAGUGGAUUUUGAGAUGGAGCGGUUUGAAGUGUUGGGGGUGCCUUUCAGUUUACAGCUAUGGGACACAGCGGGUCAGGAGAGGUUCAAGUGCAUCGCCUCCACAUAUUACAGAGGAGCACAAGCCAUCAUAGUGGUAUUUGACCUGAGCUGUGUGACCUCUCUGGACAACGCCAGGCAGUGGCUGGAGGAUGCUAUGAAGGAGAACGAUCCCUCCAGUGUUCUGCUGUUCCUGGUCGGAACCAAGAAGGACCUCAGUUCUCCUGAUCAGUUGGCCUACAUGGAGCAGGAGGCCAUUAGACUGUCAGAGGAGAUCAGAGCAGAGUACUGGACUGUGUCUGCUAAGUCAGGGGAGAGUAUCAGGGAGUUUUUCUUCCGGGUAGCGUCUCUAACCUUUGAGGCCAAUGUGCUGGCAGAGCUCGAGAAGACUGGCUCCAGACGUGUUGGUGACAUUAUCAGAAUCACAGAGAGCACAGAAGAAGAGUACAAACCAACCAAGAGGAAAGCAACCUGCUGCUGA